AUGGCUCGCCGGGUGACGAAACCCCCGACAGUGAUCUCUGAGGCGGAGGUAUUUGGUCCGGGAAGACAGGUGGUUCCAGUGGAGAGGCAGGAGCUCGAUCGCAUCAACAUUAAGAGGCGAGGUGCUUGGCCGUCGGCUUAUCUGUCCGUCCAACACGUGAUGAACUGCACUGACGCUGGCACCUGUCAUGGAGGAGACCAUGGAGGGGUGUGGGAGUACGCCCACAAACACGGGAUCCCCGACGAGACCUGCAACACCUACCAGGCGAUUGACCAGAAAUGCAAGCCCUUCAAUGAAUGUGGGACUUGCAAAACUUUCGGGGAGUGCAACAUUGUGCAGAACUACACUCUGUGGAAAGUAGGCGACUUUGGAGCAGUCAGUGGGCGCAAGGACAUGAUGGCAGAAAUCUACUCUGCAGGACCCAUCAGCUGUGGAAUGAUGGCCACGGAGAAACUGGACUUGUACACCGGGGGUCCGUACACCGAGUAUAUUGAGACGACAUCCAUCAACCACAUUGUGUCAGUGGCAGGCUGGACGGUAGAAAACGGCACUGAGUACUGGAUUGUCCACAACUCCUGGGGCGAGCCAUGGGGUGCGAAAGGCUGGCUCAAGAUUGUGACCAGUACCUACAAAGGAGGGAGUGGAAGCAAGCACAACUUGGCUUUGGAAGAAGACUGCAUGUAUGGAGACAUGAUUGUACCCUCAAGCUACCAAGAAAGCCAAGGACACUAA